UGUACCUGUGCAUCCUCUCUGAGCAAGCAAUGGCCGGGACCUUCAUUCUUUCGGUGCAAAUCAUGGUGGUUUCUCCAUAGAUUCCAAGAAACCACACAGGAAAGGAAUCACUCUGUUCGGAUGGAGCAGCUCCAAGAAACACCGCACGGAGAUGGAAAUCUCAAGGCCGCCCCAGAUCCCGGACACGGAGGCGGCAAUGGCGGCUGCAUCGCUCCCAAUGGCACCCUCCCCUGCGGCUGGCUCGGUCGUCUGUCCCGCGAGCUGCAUUGGAGCUUCGUGCUCGCCGUCGUCGCCGUCUACGGCGCCUGCCAGGGCGUCGGCUCCUCAUUCGGCAGCGUCGCCGCGGGGUACUACUGGAAGGACGUGCAGCGCGUGCAGCCGGCCGCCUCGCAGUUCUACCAGGGCGUCGUCAACGUGCCCUGGGUCGUCAAGCCCCUGUGGGGCCUCUUCACCGACGUCGUCCCCGUCGCCGGCUACCGCCGCCGCCCGUACCUCCUCCUCGCAGGCGUCAUGGGCGUGUCGUCCAUGCUCACGCUUGCUCUGCGCCGCACGCCGGCGAUCGCACCGGCAUUGGUGGCGUUCACGACGCAGGCCGCGGGCGCCGCCAUAGCCGACGUGGUGGUGGACGCCAUGGUCGCGCAGAACAGCAUAAGCCACCCUCCGCUCGCCGCCGACAUGCAGAGCAUGUGCGGGUAUUGCUCCUCCGCCGGCGCAUUGGUGGGGUACUCCAUCAGCGGCCUCGUCGUUCACGCAAUAGGUUCCCAGGGGGCUCUUGGCUUGCUGAGCAUCCCCUCCGUGCUCGUAUUUUCGGCCGGGAUUCUUGUCAAGGAGGAGCGGGCCAAGGAUUUCGAGUACAACCAGGUUCACAAGAAGUUCUACGAAGCAGUUGAAUCAAUGUGGUCAACAUUGAAGUGCCCGCAAGUCUGGAGGCCGUGCGUUUACAUGUUCUUAAUGUUCGUGCUAAGCCCGGACAUCCAAGGAGGGCUGUUCUACUGGUACACAGAUUCGAGCACCGGACUCGCAUUUUCCGAGGGAUUCAUUGGUCUCAUCUACUCGAUAGGCUCAGUGGGCUCGCUGCUCGGCGUCCUGCUCUACCAGAACAUGCUCAAGGACUACCCGUUCCGCGGCCUGCUCCUAUGGGGCCAGCUGCUGGCCUGCCUGUCCGGGAUGAUCGACCUGGUGCUGGUCACCAGGCUGAACCUGAGGAUCGGCAUGGCGGACUACCUCUUCGCUGUGAUGGACAACAGCGUCUCCCAGCUGAUCGGCCAGCUGAAAUGGCUGCCGCUCCUCGUGCUCUGCUCCAAGCUCUGCCCCGUGGGCAUCGAGGGCACCUUCUUCGCGCUGCUCAUGUCCAUCCAGAACCUCGGCCUGCUCAUGUCCGCCUGGUGGGGCGGCCUCCUGCUGCACGCGCUGGGCGUGUCGCGGACCGAGUUCGGGAACCUCUGGGUGGCCGUGCUGGCGAGGAACGCCAUGCGGCUGCUCCCGCUGGCGUUCCUGUUCCUGGUGCCUCGGAGCGACCAGAGCUCGACCAUCCUUCCCGCGGAGAUGCUGCUUGCGGAUGGAGGUUCCGCGGGACAUGUGGAACCAGGGUCGUCAGGUGUCAUCGAGUUUUCUGUCCUCCAUGGAAAUGAAAAUGGUGAAGUUGUUGAGACUGAGGAAGAGGAACUAGAGCUGACCCCACUCAUGGAGAAGAUCUGACUACUGGAGAAGAUGAAAGAGGUAAUAGCACUGCAGGUCCCUGAACUUGUUAUGGAGGUGAUGAUUUGGUCCUCAAACUUGAAAAAGCGGAUUAUUUAGUCCUUGAACUUGUCAUGGAGGUGCAAGUUUGGUCCUGUGCGAAUCACAGCUCGCCAAGUGAAGCCAGCUGGGCUGGGCUGGUCAGUGCCGCACAUUUUUGCAAUCCCCCUGCCUUAAGCCCUAAUCAACCCGCACUACACCUCGUUUGCGUCAGUGACCUGCAGUGCUAACUCCCGUUGAAACCAGCGACGAGGACACGGACUGGGAGGCUGCGCGGGAUCUGCUUCAGGACGCCGUCCCGCCAAACUUUCCUCGUUAAUUAUGGGUCCGAUGGUGCGACUUUCUCCUUUUUCUACCAUGCAUGGGAGCUAAUUCCUUCAAGUAUUCUUUAGAGAUCCAUUCUAAUCUCUGUUCGUUGACUCCUGAGUCUCCUAGUUGAUAUUCAAGCAACUUUUGAAUGUAUAUAAAUUGUUUAGAUUCGAUAUGAGAACUCGAGG